AUGCCUCAAGCAGCACCCACCCUCGCUCCGAACUCUGCGGUUCCUACUUACCUCGCCCCCAAUGGUACGAAGAUGUGGCUUCUCAACCUCGGCCACCUCGAGUGCGACAACGGCUGGCUUCUCCGCGGUGCCAACACCUCCACCCGCUCCAACAAGAACGGAUCUGCCGGACGUACCGAGCUCGUCGUCAUCGCUGCCUUGAUUGAGCACCCUACCGAGGGUUUGAUUUUGUGGGAGACUGGAUGUGCCGAGGACGUCGAGGUCAAGUGGCCCGCGCCCGUCACCGACGUCUUCCCCUUGGUCGUCUACGGCGAGGAACACAAGUUGCCGGCCGCGAUCAAGGCUACCGGGAAUGAUAUCAAGGAUGUCAAGCACGUCGUCAUCGGACACCUCCACCUCGAUCACGGAGGUGGAUUGGAGCACUUCAAGGGCACGGACGUCAAGAUCUGGGUCCAUGACGAUGAGUUGAAACACGCUUUCUGGGCCGUCGCGACGAAAGCCGAUCACGGCGUUUACCUCGACCACUACCUCGACCUCAACCUCAACUGGCAGACCUUCCAAACCGCCGGCCCGAACGGUGCUAUCGACCUCUUCCCCGGUAUCACCAUCCACCACUCUCCAGGCCACACCCCCGGUCUCUGUAUCAUGCAACUCAACUUGCCGAACUCGGGAACGUUUUUGUUGACGAGUGAUCAGUUCCAUAUCAAGGAGAACUAUGAGGAUGGACAUCCUCAUGGUUGGUUGGCGAGGGAUCACAAUGCAUGGUUUGGCAGUCUGCAAAUGUGUAGGAGGUUGGAGAGGAUGCACAACGCGAGAAUGGUGUUUGGGCAUGACAAGACGGUGUUUGAUGCGUUGAAGGCUGAGGCGAAGUUCUUUGACUAA